UCUCUCUGUGGGUGUAGCAUUUGCGCACCGCACGCACAAAGAGAGACGGCCGCUGGUGGGGCGAUAGCCGUUGUUAUCGUCGAGCAGGAGAGAGAAAGAUGGAUGUAUACUUACUUAUGAUGGCUUGCGUGCAAAAACUACGUUAUUUUGGACGGAGGAACGGCCGGAAAACGAGACGUCACUCGUUUCGGUUCCGGAGGUUUCUACGCCGUUGCCAUGGCAACAAACGGCAACAGAGGAUCGCGCGAUUGAUGCUUUUUGUACAUAUACGCUUCGGAGUCGCCGUUUUCGUUUUGGAGUCGGAGCUGCUUUUCGAGAUUUUUUGCCACUGACAGAUUGACGGGAUAUUAUGAUCCUGUCACGUGCAAAGCCAGCCUCGGGCGAAGGUUCUCGGAAAUCGGCCUCGAAACGCGAGAUCCCGAGCCUCGAGGAAUUCCUGUCGCGACGCGACUACACCGGAGCUCUCACCCUUCUCGAGUUCAACGAAACCGCUAACCCGGCCAGCAGCAACAAGGACAGCCGCUUGUGGAUAGCUUAUUGCUCGUUUCAUCUCGGCGACUACCGCAAAGCCGCCGACAUUUACGAGGUUCUGAGGAAGUCCGCCGACGGCAAAGAUGCGCCCGAACUCGGCACCUACGUGGCUUGUUGCUACUUCUAUCUUGGCAUGUACCCGGAGAGUCAGAAGAUUCUGGCCGAUGCGCCGGACAGUCAGCUGAAGACUAGACUGUUGCUCCAUCUGGCCUACAAGUUGUCGGAUAAGACGCAGCUGGAGGAGUACGAGGAGAAGCUUCGCGAUAUCGCGGAAGACCAGCUCUGCCUCGCUUCUGUCCACUAUCUCCGGGCUCACUAUCAGGAAGCCAUCGAUAUUUACAAGAAAGUUUUGCUUGAAAACAGGGAGUAUCUGGCGCUUAACGUUUACGUAGCUCUCUGUUACUACAAGCUGGACUACUACGACGUGGCGCAGGAUGUGCUUCAGGUAUACCUGCAAAAGUACCCCGACAGUGCGACGGCUAUCAAUUUGAAAGCCUGCAAUCACUUUCGUUUCUAUAAGAGCACUUCCGAAAUGGUCGAGCUCAAGCAGCUUAUCGACAAAGUUUCCAGCACCAGCAACUUCGGUAACGAUCUUAUUCAGCACAAUAUAGUGGUUUUUAGAAACGGAGAGGGCGCGAUGCAAGUCCUGCCGAACCUGGUGGACGUCAUUCCAGAGGCUAGAUUGAAUCUAGUCAUCUACUACUUGAAACAGCACGAGAAUCACGAAGCUUACGAGUUGAUAAAGGACCUCGAGCCCACAGUUCCUCAGGAAUACAUUCUGAAGGGUAUAGUCAAUGCUGUCGUCGGCCAAGAAAGAAACUCCCAAGAAUACAUCAAGGUAGCCCAGCAAUACUUCCAGCUAGUUGGCACCUCAGCCUCCGAAUGCGACACGAUACCUGGACGACAGUGCAUGGCUUCGUUUUACUUCCUCUAUCGUCAGUUCAAGGACGUUCUUGUCUACUUGAACUCGAUUAAAACCUACUUCUCGAACGUUGAUAGCUUCAACUUCAAUUACGCUCAGGCCCAGGUCGCUACCGGUCACUACAAGGAAGCCGAGGAGGCUUUUAUGACUAUCAGAUACGAGAGGUAUCGAAAUGACUCGGCUUACAUCAGUCUGCUUGCCUACUGCUAUAUAAUGAACAAGAAGGGACAGCUGGCCUGGGAACUAUACCUAAAGAUGGAGCCCACCCCGGAAUCUUUCAAUCUGCUGCAGUUAAUAGCAAACACGUGCUACGUCGUGGGGGACUUCUGGUACGCAGCCAAAGCUUUUGAUAUGCUGGAAAGACUAGACCCCUCGCCAGAACACUGGGAGGGCAAGCGUGGCGCCUGUUGCGGAACUUUUCAGUACAUUGUUGCGGAGAAGCUCCCAAAGGAGUUGUUGUCGGAAGUUGUGAAGCUACUUAGAAAUACCUCGAACUCACAAGUCGAACAGAUCAUUCGAGUGAUGCGAAAAUGGGGUAAAGAAAAUCGGGUUGCCUGUUAACAUAUUUAUUAUUGCGUUUUACGAUGAUUUGUAAAAUAUAUUAUUUAUUUUCUCGUUGUAAGAAUUGUAUAUACAAACUUUAUAUACAACAUUUUUCAAUGUAUAAAGAAGUGAAAUACAUUGCGAUUGGAAAUUGAAA